AUGAUUCUGAGUAUGAUUAUAGCUCUGGCUUUUCCAAGAAAGUCUUGUUCUUAUGAAAAUAUAGCACUUCUUAAACCUACAUGGCAAGCUACAACAUAUUUGAAUCAUUCUGGACUUGGACCAGAAAAGGCUGUUGAUGGACUUAAAUUCAACCGUUCUUGGUUUGGACACCAGUGCUCCAUAUCCACCACUGGUCAAACCACAGCCACCUGGUGGGUUGACCUUCAAGACAUCCUUAGUAUCCACCAUAUUAUUAUUUAUUACAGAACCGAUAACGUCCCUUGGGAUAGUGACAAUCACUUUACGACACGGUUUCUGGGCUUCUCGGUUUUUGUGUCAAAUACACGAAACAAGGAAGAUGGAACAUUGUGUUUCCAUGAUAACGAAUACAACAUCACAACAAUCGCAGAUGUCGUCAAUAUUACUUGUACCGUUCACGGACAAUAUGUUAUAUAUCAUAAUGAAAGACUUCUCACGAAAGAAUAUCCUCAGGACUAUUCUGAAACUGCUUUUAAUGAGUUGUGUGAAGUUGAAGUUUACGAAAAUAUCGCAUAUAAACAUCCGACCUGGCAGAAAACAACACAUCCUUCUAAUUUUGGACCUGAAAAGGCAGUGGAUGGUUUAAAAUCAGACUUUUCUGCAAAUGGUCAUCAAUAUGAAAAUAAUUCUUUAGCUGCAAGGUUUCUUGGAUUCUCCCUCUAUAUAUCCGAAACUGAGAGUAAGGAUAAUGGUAGUUUAUGUUUCCAUGACACCGAAUACAAUAUGACAACAAUACCAGCUGUAGUUAACAUCACAUGUGAAUUGUACGGCCAGUAUGUAAUCUAUUACAACGAAAGGAAUUCUGACACAGAUUAUCCGCCCGGUUAUUCUACAUAUGCCUUUAAUGAACUAUGCGAAGUGGAGGUGUAUGGAUGUGUUCUAGGGUUUUAUGGAUCAAAUUGUUCACUUCCUUGUCCAGCACAUUGUCAGAAUUGUAACACAGAAACUGGUGACUGUUUGUGGUGCGAUGUUGGGUACACUGGAGAAAAUUGUGAUUUCCCCUGUGCUCUGGGAACCUUUGGUGCCAACUGUACCACUGAAUGUGGAGAAUGUUUUGGGAGCUGUGACCACAGAUACGGAAACUGUUCAGGGGGAUGUAGGGCUGGAUUCACUGGAAUCAUGUGCAAUGAAGUGUGUGAACCUGAAAAGUUUGGAGAAAGAUGCGAGGAAGUUUGUGGAAUGUGUUUAGGGGAGUGCUUUCAUAUCAAUGGAACUUGCUACGGAGGAUGUCAAUCCGGGUACCAGGGUGAUUUGUGUAAGAAAGAAUGUGAGCCAGGAAGAUAUGGCGAUGGAUGUUUAGAAUAUUGUGGCAACUGUGCUGGAGAAUGCAAUCACGUACAUGGGACGUGUUCAGGUGGAUGUAAAGCUGGGUAUAGAGGAUUAACGUGUAAAGCAGAAUGUGUAUCAGGAAGCUAUGGACUCAACUGUAUUGAGCAAUGUGGGGAAUGUCUUGGAGACUGUAACCACUUUAAUGGACGCUGUCCAAGCGGUUGUAAACCAGGAUAUCAUGGGAUCAACUGUAAAGAAGGUUUAAUUUUCUAA